UAUGAUAGGGUAAAACAUAAAUCAUUUUAUUAAUGUUUUCUUUUAUUAAUUUUUUUUUUUUUUAAAUCGUAACUCUUAUUUACUAAUUAAAUUAAAGUGAACGAUUCUCGAAACUGAAAGUACAAAUUUAAUUAAUUUAAGUUUAAUGUUUCUUUACUACAAUUUUCAAUCCUGUAUUAAUUUUAUUUUUUGUUAUCCUUAACUUUUAGUUUAAUUUAAUCGUUUUAUUUUUUAAUUUGACAUUCUCACAUUAAAAACUUUUGCAAUUAAAAUAAUAAUAACAUAACAAACAAAUUAAUUUGGGUUGUACUCUGAAUUAAACCGGUGGAUCAUAAUCUUACAACGGCUCUAUGAUUUUGCCAUGUGUUAGUUAUAAGAUCAUUAUUUUUCAUACCAUCACCGUGUACUUUAAUCAAUAGAUUAGUAAACAAGUAUUGGUCAACAAUGGACAUCACGCCUAAAUUAGAUGGUGGAGUUUUAAAAGAGAUAUUAGUACAUGGCAAUGGAACGGAUAAGCCACAUAAGGGGUGUAGGGCUUAUGUACACUACACUGGUUCACUUUCUGAUGGUACUGUUUUUGACAAGACUAAUGAGGUGCCAUUUCAAUUUACAAUAGGAAAAGAUAUGACUAUAAAAGGUUUUGACUUAGCUGUAUCUUCAAUGGCUUGUGAUGAAAAAUCAACAUUUCGAUGUCAUCCAGAUUAUGGUUAUGGGUUAGAUGGUUUUGAACAGAUCAUCCCCCCUAAUACAUGGCUUACAUUUGAAAUACACUUACUGAAAUGGACAUGGGAAGAUAUCAGCCGGCGGAAAGAUAAAAGUAUUACUAGACAAAUAUUAGAAUAUGGAGUGGACCAUGCUACACCUAGUAGUGUUUCGUUAGUUAAUAUUCAUUUAGAAAAAGAAGAAAAUGGUAAUGUUAUUGAAGAAAGAGAUGUAGAGUUUAGAUUAGGCGAAGGCAAAGACUUUGGUAUUUGUCCUGGAAUAGAGAUUGCGUUAACUAAAUUUAAAAAAAAAGAAAAGUCAAGAUUGUUUAUUCAUGGAAAACAUACAUUUUUGGAAUAUGGAAAUGAUGAUUUCAAAGAAGUCUAUGUCAUCAAACUUAACUUUUUUGAAAAGUUUGAAGAGAGUUGGUCAUUGACAUGUGAAGAUCGGAUUGAACAAGCAAAGUUCUUUAAACAAAAAGGAACAGAUUACUUUAAAAUGGAUAAUUAUAAACUAGCACUUAAAUUCUAUAAAAAAAUGGAGGACUAUUUAAAAAAUAAUAUUUCAAUCGAUGAAAACCAAAUGGAAGAAAUCAAAUUUCUUUCAGUUACAUCCUAUUUGAAUUCUGCUUUAUGUAAUUUAAAAUCACAUAGACAUACUCAAGCAAAAAAUGAUUGUGAGAGUGCAUUAAGCCUUGAACCAACAAAUGUCAAGGCUUUAUUUAGAAAAGGCGAGGCUUUAGUUGGAUUACAUGAAUUAAUAGCUGCAAAACAAAGUUUUGAAGCUGUUUUACAACAAGAGCCAAAUAAUCGUGCAGCUAUAGCAAAAAUAAUUGAAUGUGAUAAAAAACUAAAAUCACAAAAAAAAAUAGAAAAAUCUGUUUAUUCAAAUAUGUUUGAGAAAUUUGCUAAGAGAGAUACUGAAAAAGAAGAAGAAUUUCUAAGUCAACAACCCGAUGUUAUGAACACACUUGGAGAAUGGGGAGAUGAUGAACGGGAACGGGCUCCUACUGAAUUUGAGAAAGAAAAUCCCAAUAUAUUGAUGUUAAACACAACAGGCUAUUUCAAAAAUAUGUAAAAUAUUAAUAUGAUAUACAGUAACCAAUGCCAAAAGAAUUAGAAUAUGGUGAAUGUUUAAUUCCAAAUGAAUGUGCUGGUUGCAAAUCAACUUGAACCUGAAAUAAUAGUAACAGUGUGAUAAUAAUUUCCUGUAAAUAAUUGUACAUAAACAUAAGUUGAGUAUAUUAUAAUACUAGCUGUUUUUACUUUUUUUUUUUAUAUAGACAUAAGUCUUGUUAUAAAAAAUUUUGUCAGAUAAUGUGAAAUAUUGAAUAGGUAACUUUUCAAGACCCAUUCCGUUAACGCAUAUCUUUGCUCGAAUUAAUUUAUUAAUCUGCUGAAGUUCUUUUUACUAAAUAAAUUUGACAAAUAUUAAUGAAUCUUAAAAACAGAAUUUUUAUUUUACAUAUCAUCAAAAAAAAAAAAAAAAAUACCUUAAAAUCAUGUUAAUGAUUAAAUCAUUUAAAAUACUGUAAGCUUAGCAGAUUGAUAUAUUAAUAUUUUUGUUUUUGUGUAUAUAAUUUUCUUUUCUUUUUUUCUUUUGUAACCAUGGACAUAAUAGUAUAACUAUAAUUAAAGUCUGUCAUAAUUUAUCUGUGUCUAGUAUCUAAAGGGUAAAGCCUCACCUGGUUCUAUAUGUAUGCUAAGAACAUAAUUAGUUUUUAAUUUUUGUAACUACUGUAUCUUAUACUACUAAUUACUAAUCAAUGUGAAAUUUAAUUUAUUUUAUAAUUUGUGCUUUUUAACGUGUAUUAAAUUCAUCGUAAUCUAGUCAAUUUGUGCAUAUACUAGACUUUUUCUAAUUUGCCCGAAGUGCAUUACACAAAUUACUUUGAAGUGUUUAUGCUGUAUGCACUGACCUAUUCUUGUUCAUAUAUUAUUCCUUCAUAUUGUGAAUGUCUUAUACCAAAAGAAUAGGAUGGUACAGAUGAUUUUAACAUUGUCACCUAAAAUGUUUCAUAUAUUAAUUUAAGAUUAUUAUAUACAUAUUAUACUGUGAAAAAAUUAAGUAUUAAAUGACUCGUGUUGACUAUGUUAUAUUGUUUUUAUAUAUUUAUUAAUUUGUAUGAUUGUGUAUACAAUAAAUAAAUUAUCAAAUUGAUUUUCCAA